AAUACCCAGGAGCCCCGUUAAAAAAAAAAAAAAAAAAGGGAAAAAGGGGAGGGGGGCCUGGGCAGCUGUCUCUUUAAAUGUGAUUUCCUUCUAUUGUAUUUGAAUCGUGAUCAGGAAAAAGGAAAUGAAACCAGAGACAGAGGGAAGCUGAGCGAAAAUAGACCUUCCCGAGAGGGGAGGAAGCCCGGGGAGAGGCGCGCGGUCCCCUGCCCGCCCGGCCGCCGCCCCCUCUCUGCCCUGGGCGGCGAGCUGCGCCCGCGACGCGGCCGGAGGUGCGAGGGGCGCGGGCGGCCGGCGGGCGCGCACCAUCCCCGCGGGCGGCGCGGAGCCGGCGACAGCGCGCGAUCGGAGCCGGGCGGCGGCGGCGGGACCGGGAUGGAAGGGAGCGCGGUGACUGUCCUUGAGCGCGGAGGGGCGAGCUCGCCGCCGGAGCGCCGGAGCAAGCGGAGGCGCAGGAGCGGCGGCGGCGCCCGAGCACCCGAGGGGGUCCGAGCCCCGGCAGCCGGCCAGCCCCGCGCCACAAAGGGAGCGCCCCCGCCGCCCGGCACGCCGCCUCCCUCCCCAAUGUCCUCGGCCAUCGAAAGGAAGAGCCUGGACCCGUCUGAGGAACCAGUGGACGAGGUGCUGCAGAUCCCCCCAUCCCUGCUGACAUGCGGCGGCUGCCAGCAGAACAUUGGGGACCGCUACUUCCUGAAGGCCAUCGACCAGUACUGGCACGAGGACUGCCUCAGCUGUGACCUCUGCGGGUGCCGGCUGGGCGAGGUGGGGCGGCGCCUCUACUACAAGCUGGGCCGGAAGCUCUGCCGGAGAGACUAUCUCAGGCUUUUUGGCCAGGAUGGUCUCUGCGCAUCCUGCGACAAGCGGAUCCGUGCCUAUGAGAUGACGAUGCGGGUGAAGGACAAAGUGUAUCACCUGGAAUGUUUCAAAUGUGCCGCCUGUCAGAAGCAUUUCUGUGUGGGCGACAGAUACCUGCUCAUCAACUCCGACAUAGUGUGCGAACAGGACAUCUACGAGUGGACUAAGAUCAACGGGAUGAUAUAGGGCAGCCAGCACCUGAACACGCUCCGAGUGUUCGCUGAAGACACCCUUUACGGGGUCUUCACUCGUAGGCACUUUGGGGGUUUGAGGGUGGGGCGAGGCAUAUUUUAGGUGAUGGUAGACCCUUACUGGGCACCAAGGCAUAGCAUUCAAGUGACAUAAUGCAAGGGCCAAGACUUGGAGGGGGCAAAAUCACCAGUUCUUAGGGAGAACUUAGGGUCACAGCCUAUGCAUAGUAACUGACAUGAUUAGCAGAAGAAGGAACAUUUAGGGGCAAGCAGGCACUGUGCUUUCGUGACGGAAUUUUACACCUGCAGAUAGGGAGUUGUAUAAAGACUUGUUAUGACUUUGACGCUUGCCAACUAGAGAUGUGCGAUUGAUUUCUUUUCUUCCUGGGUUCUGUAACAACCCUGUUCCAAUCACUGUCCUCCACACAAGGGAAGGACAGAGAGGAGAAUGCUCAUUCUUUUUUUCUUGGCCACCUUCCCAAGGCCCGUAAGCUUUGGACUCCCCAAGAAAAACUGCAUGGAGACACAUUUCAGUUGAGAAUGGAAACCACCACUUUUCACCAAACAAUUAUUUAAAGCAAUGCUGAUGAAUCACUAAGUUUUUAGACACCUUCGUUUUGAGGUGAAGAGUUCCACAGAUUGUUUCUAUACAAAUAUAAAUCUUAAAAAAAAAAAGUUGUUCAACUAUUUUAUUAUCUUAGAUUAUAUCAAAGUAUUUGUUGUGUGUAGUAAAAAAAUAAAAACCCAACUCUGCAGACUUAAUAAAAAUGACAGACUGA